CAAUGAUAGAAGAAAAUCCUAAUUUCGGCUAUGCCUAAGAUGAUGAAGAUGCCUCAUUCAAUAAUAGCAGCAGAUUUCAAUAUGAAGUCAAUGAGGAAUUUAGAAAGGUGUCAGAAAAUAAAUUAUAAGUGACUAAACUAAAUGAGGAGAAUAAUAUUUGCACAAUUAAAUUGUCACGAACAAAAAGUGCAGAAAAACAACAAGAUCACAUGAUGAUCCUAUUGUUAUCUCUACUUGAUAGAGAAUUAUAUAUUAAGCAGGUUAGCUUUAAAGUUGACAGUUGGAAAGUCUAUGCAGAAAGUGAGAAAUUGACAUAAUUAGUCAAACAGAGUCAACACACUUCCACAUUGGAAUUGAUUAAGAGCAUUGUACCAGAGAUUUGCAACAUUGUUUUAUCAUUUGAGAUAUCAACCAACAGUGGAAAGAAAUCAGAUAAGUAGGAAUUUGGGAGAGCACAUACUCAUACUCAGCCUAUUCCUUAUUAAGGAUUCUCUACUUGUUGUUGGUCUCCUUAAGGUCACUUAAUAACAGUACACAACACUGCAACUAGUCAUUAGAAAUAAGCCAAAGAUUAGAAAGCAUAGUAUACAACUUUGUAGGAAUUAAACUCAUUUGUAUUUUCACAACCAAAAACAAAACAAUCCAAUCAAUAAUAAAGACAUGUGGUUGAAAUCAGAGAAGAUGAAGAAAACCUAUAACCUUUCUUUUAAGCUGGCGUUUAAUUAAUAUCAGAAAAAGAAGAUGAAGCCUAUGAUUAUUUGAAUUUCUAAUUUUAUUAUCACUAUUUUCCUCAAUUUCAUCAAUAGGAAGUACCUAAAGAACAAAAAGUUGAGAAGGUAGCAUUUUAUAAGGAUUAUGAAAUUUAUGAUUUGCACAAUAAUCCAGAUGUAAUAAUCUUAGGAGAGCAAUUUAAAAAUCUAUCUAAAAAAGUUUAUGAAUAAUAAGAUAAAAAGACUGUCAUUAAUUAAAAUGUUGAAAUCAGUGUAACUAUCAUAUUUAAAUACUUUAGAUCUAUGAUUUCGGUAGUUAUUCUUUCCAUGUUGAUAAUAUUACAUCACUGCAUGAAUAUUUUACAAGUCAUAUGAAAAAGAAUAGUAAUAAUACUAGCAUCAAUAAUCCAUUAAAAAUCUUAUUUCAACCAUUAGAGGAAUAUUUCAAAUUAUAUAAUUCAAACAUUGCCAACUUUGUACUUACUAGUGGAGUUACAUGUAAUCAAAUCCAUUAUAUAAUUUAGUGGAUCUAUAAGAAUACAACAUGAAAAUCUUGAAAAUUUUAUCCGAUUGCAUCUAUCAACAGUAAUUAAAGAAAGUUCAACAUUAAGAAAUGAAUUUAAUUAAAGACUUUCAAGAAUAUUUCAAAAAAUUAUGGAAUUCCUAAUAUUAGAUCUAUCGAUUAUAUGAUUAGAUUGCGUAUUCAAUUAAGAAAAGCAAUUUAAAAGAUACUAAGAAAUUGUUAGAUUGUGUCUAUUAAUUGAAAUUGGAAUCCAAUAUUGAAAUGAAGGAUUAAAUUAAAGAUCUCAUUAAAGAUGAAAUUAGUAAAUACAAUAGUUAACCAAAUCCAAAGCUAUUUGUAAAAGGGAUAUAAAGCAUCUCGACUUAUGAUAACUUUUAAAAGAUAUAAAAUGAAUGUCCUAUUUAUAUUAUAUGGAAUUAACUCAAUAAUUUUCCCUUAAUAGUAAGUGAUAAGGUGGAAUUCAGCAAAUUGAAUGUUCUGAAGACUGCUCUUAGAGCUUAGAGUCCUUUUAAUUUCUGCAUUUAUAAGAAACUAAAAUCAACCAGCUUUUAGGUUGGUAAUUUUAGAGAUUUGCUGAACAAUGAAAUAUAUGGGUAGGGACCCUUAUAAUUGGGAAAUGUUAAGUAAAAUUAAAAUAAGACAAUUUGUUCAAUCUGUUAACAAGUUAUUACAAGUCAUGGAUUGUUUUGUAGCACAUGCCAACAUGGAGGACACUAUGAACAUAUGUAGUAAUGGAAGCAAACAUGUCCGGUUUGUGAUUGUGAUUGUAGAAAAUGA